CUCCUGCUUUGGCGCAGUCUUGUAGUUGUUAUAUCAGGUAGUCCAAGUUCAAGAAAAAUACGUAGAAAAUUACAUACCUGGACUUGGAAUCUGGAUAUAGGCCCAACCAUCCGCCCAAUCGACAUCGAAUCGCCCACUGCAAGCGAAAAAAAAAAACAGAACGGGAGACGGACGACUGACGAGGUGACAACGACUACUGAACGCGGAACGCCGACCGCCGUCUGGGCCGCCACCGCACCACGCCUCCCGUUUGCUCAGUCGCUCAACCCGCGUCUCCGCUGAGCCGCCUAGCGUGUCUGACCGUUUCGCUAGGCCGCUGAAGGUUGAUUUGCUGCAGCAGCGGGAGCAGAUUUGGCUGUGGUUUGGGGACAGUUGAGCAAGUCAUUAAUUCACUCAAAAGAGCCUAGUUCUUGAGUUAUGACUUUCUUCAGAGCUCGAAUGGCUUCUUCGCCGCUUUUCCAACUCGUCUCUCGGUCUCUUAGUUACAAAGCAGCAUCUCAAUCGGUUGGGCCUUCUGCGUCUUCAGCAGUCCAAGAAAUGACAAAUCCGACGUUCACAGUUGAUGUGACCUCUCAAAUUGGUGCAAGCAUGCCUCUAAAGAUGAUGCGGAUUGGGACCCUCAUUCACAAUCUUGAGAUGCGACCCGGCCAAGGUCCGAAGCUAGUUCGUGGAUGGGGCACAGUCGCCAAGAUCAUGACUGAGCCCAGGUCUGAAUCGUCCAGGUACUGCGAGAUAAAGCUCCCGUCUGGUGAUAAAAAGAUGAUUGAUGUCAGGUGUUGGGCCACGAUUGGGCGAGCCCCCAAUGCAGAGCAUGCAUCGAAAAAACUUUAUAAGGCAGGACAGAACAGGUGGCGGGGGAUAAGGCCGACAGUCCGUGGGGUGGCGAUGAACCCAGUUGAUCAUCCGCACGGUGGUGGGGAAGGGAAGAGUAAGAGCAGUGGGAGUCACGGGAAGGUGUCGCGUACCCCUUGGGGUAAGCCCACCAAGUGUGGCUAUAAAACUGGCCGACUUAAGAGGAAGAAUUGAUUUGUUUCUUUGCUUCCAGUUUUUAUGCUUUUUUAACUACCGAAUGUCAUAAAGUAACUUGAAGUUGGCUUUGUUUAGGCAUGUGUAGAGACGGAUUUUUUUAUAGCUAAGAAAGUGACUUUUGUGAGAAGAUGUUCCAGAGUAGUAUGAACUGCAAGCUUGUAACCCUUUCUGCAUUUUGAUAAUGGUUGCUUAGGACCCGUAGUUCGGGUGAACUGUGCGGGAAAUUGUAUCAUUUGCAGGUUUGUAUAAUCCUUUUUUAAAAAAUGCAAUUAUUCAUCUUCUGGCCA